AGGGUGACUGGUUAUAAUCGCCGCCGACGAUGGAAAAUGCGUCAUUUUUUAUUAACUCGACUUCAGUUAACCUUACUAUGAAGCCUACUGCUCCGACAGAGAACCGAACACUUGACUAUCCAGUUGUGAUCGUUUUGUGCAUCGUGCUGGGCCUUGGUAGUAUUUUCGGAACAAGUGGAAACACUUUAGUUGUCUCCUCCAUAAUCAAGUUCGAGAACUUGAGAGCUAUACCAGACUUGUUCAUUUUCAGCCUAUCAAUAUCAGACCUCCUCGUUUCGGCGUUGUAUCAACCUUUAAAAGCUUACAGGAUUGCACAUUUGUCAGAUGACUCCACGGUUAUGAAGUUUGUGAUAUCUAUAAGCGCCUUUCUUGGAUAUGUCGCGCUGAUUGCUUCGAUAACAAACAUGCUAGGAGUAACCGUGGAACGCCUAAUGUCCAUUCGAUUUCCUCUGAAAUAUGGACUUCUGGUGACAAAAACACGUGCUGUGGUAACAUUGAUUUGUAUCUGGGUCUUUUCAAUAGCCUAUGGAGGAAUAUGGUCUGAAGACCUCGCUCCGGCAACUUACUUGUCAAGUUAUUUUGUGGCGGUUCUUCUUGGAACAAUUUUAAUAUAUGUUUACAUCUUUGUGGUUGCAAGUAGGCUGGAACAGUCGGUGAUUCACGUACAAAAUACCUCUACUAGGGAACAAAGAACUGGCUUUCGCAGGGAGCGAAAAGCAGCAAAAACCAUCGCAGUCAUCUUAGGAGUAGCGAUUGUGUGUUGGGUUCCUCUCUUGGUGGUUCCUCGCGCCAUUGCCAGUUAUGUGCAUAAUACCACAUACUUCACCAUUUUUACUUUACUGCAAGUUUUGUCGGUUUGUAAUUCUUCCAUCAAUCCAUACAUAUACUGUGUAAGAAGCCGCAGGUAUUAUGAGGCAUUUGUCAAACUGCUUGGGCUGCACAAUCUUGUUAAGGUACAAGCCAUUGUUGCUCCUACUUGCACACCACCUGAUCAAGUGUCAAGAACACGUGAUGUUACAGAUAUUGUCCAACUUGAAACACAUGACAUCGCUCUCUAAUGAAUCUCAAAACUGAAAAAAAACAAGUAUUUAUAUAGUAGAGGAUCAAUUCGCCAACAUCUUGGAUUACCGGCCAAAGUGAAAUCCGUCGCAGCCACCAUUCAUGAGAGGGAAUUGUGACUGAUUCAUGUAAUAACAUGUUUGUUUGGAUUAAAACCAUCAGUCUUAGGUUGUCUACACGGCUAUACCGGAUACUAGCUUAUCAAGUCGACAUGGAAAGCUACUCCGGCCUGUUCACACUGACACAAAGAGUGGCACAAAAACCUAUAUCUGAUAUGUGAUCGAUCUAAUUUCAAGAUCGGAGUGGCACAAAUGACCGUUGAUAGGUGUGAGCGAAAGAGCUACCAGGUAUAGUGUAGAAUUACAUCCGGGGAAAUAAAGGCAGUGGUAUAACUAACAAUUAGACUAGCGUACCUUAUCAGGACAACACACUAUUCUGUACAGGCUUUGGGAGAAGGAAGGAAGGAAUCUAAACGAGGAAGGAAUUAAGGAAAGAAUCUACUAGUAAUCGUAGUAGGGAAGGAGAGGACGGAAGGAAGUUUAAAAAAAAUUACAAAUAAAAUGUGUUGGGUUAAGUGUAUAAAAUAGCAAGAUUUCCACCACCCACAUCAAUAUACACCAUGCGCGCACUUAAAGUCUGUAAACCGAACUAACUGUGUGUUAAGUGUUCUCCGAGACGACAAAAUACACACGAAAGAUGGCCUAUGCAUAACAACACACUUUGUAAAAGUAGGAAUGCGCUAAAUAGAACCGCUUACCUGAUGCUACAUUUCCUUUUUUUAAGAAAAAAAAACCCUGAAAUUUAAUACUGAAUUUAACAAACAAACUGUAACAAUAAAAAUUUCGAGAUAACGCUGCAACAGCAGCAAUUAAUUGUGUGUCCUUUUCUGCAAACAGAAAACAGUAUGCUUUAGG